GGCGCGGCGGGCCGGGCCGACCCAGACCGGGCAGCGCCUCGCAUUGCCACCGCCGCGGGACCGGGACUCGGGCCGCCCGCAGCGCUCCGGCUUCUGCUUCUCUCAGGAUCGCCCUCCGCAGCGAUGGACGGAGACGGGGACCCAGAGAGCAUGGGCCAGCCCGAGGAGGCGAGCUCGGAGGAGCCGCAGGAGGAGGGGUGCGUGGUUGCCCCGGAGGCGGAGGCGAGCGGCGGGGAGGAGGAGGAGGCGGCGGCGUACCUGGACGAGCUGCCGGAGCCGCUGCUGCUGCGCGUGCUGGCCGAGCUGCCGGCCGCCGAGCUGGUGCAGGCCUGCCGCCUGGUGUGCCUGCGCUGGAAGGAGCUGGUGGACGGCGCCCCCCUGUGGCUGCUCAAGUGCCAGCAGGAGGGGCUGGUGCCGGAGGGCGGCUCGGAGGACGAGCGCGACCACUGGCAGCAGUUCUACUUCCUGAGCAAGAGGCGGCGCAACCUGCUGCGGAACCCGUGCGGGGAAGAGGACCUGGAGGGCUGGUGCGACGUGGAGCACGGCGGGGACGGCUGGAGGGUGGAGGAGCUGCCCGGGGACUGCGGCGCGGAAUUCGCCCACGACGAGAGCGUCAGGAAGUUCUUCGCCUCCUCCUUCGAGUGGUGUCGCAAAGCGCAGGUCAUUGACCUGCAGGCUGAGGGCUACUGGGAGGAGCUGCUGGACACCACUCAGCCGGCCAUUGUGGUCAAGGACUGGUACUCGGGGCGCAGCGACGCCGGCUGCCUGUACGAGCUCACGGUGAAGCUGCUGUCGGAGCACGAGGACGUGCUGGCCGAGUUCAGCACCGGGCAGGUGGCCGUGCCGCAGGACGGCGAGGACGGGGGCUGGACCGAGGUCUCCCACACUUUCACCGACUACGGGCCCGGCGUUCGCUUCGUCCGGUUCGAGCACGCGGGACAGGACUCCGUCUACUGGAAGGGCUGGUUCGGGGCCCGGGUGACCAACAGCAGCGUGUGGGUGGAGCCUCCUGAGUGACCUUCCCCCAGCUCCCUCCAGCUGCCCUGCAGGGGCAGAGGCCUGGGGCAGACAGGCCUUAGCGGUAGCACCCUCCCCUGCCCCUCCCCACACACCCCUCUCCCGCCCCUGGCUCCCAGCCCGGCCCCCACGCAGGUAGAGAAGGGUUUUGCUGGCGCGUAUUUGCACCUGGAAAAUAAGAUGGGUGAAGGCUUGGGCCUGGGCCGGGCCCGCGGCUGAGUCCCCCACCUCUAGCUCAGUGCCUGCUGUAAAGCAGACUUGCAAUAAAUGUGACUCCUUCUUGGGAGAAAUG